ACAAAAUAUAUUUAUUUAAAAUUGCUAGGUACAAAGCAACUGAAUCAGGAGGGUUAGAUCUUAAAUUCUUAAUGGGUUGAAGGUAGACAUUAAAUUCAUCCACAACUAAUUUUUAACCUUGCAAUCACUCCUCAACCACCAACGACCAAACUCUUCCCAUCUAUAUAUACAACCUCUCAAUUAUCUAACCAAAGUACACAAACACAAGACCAGAAAAAAAAAACAGAAAGUAAACAUGAGAUCUCUCUUCUUACUAGCCUUGUUCCUAGUUCUUGCUUUUCACCAUGGUGAAGCAGCCGUGACUUGCAACAACGUGGUUGGUGAUCUUUACCCUUGCCUCUCCUACGUGAUGCAAGGCGGAAACUCCCCAUCAACUAACUGCUGCAGCGGUGUCAGAACGCUCAACAGUCAGGCUCAAACCACUGCGGAUCGUCAGAGCGUCUGCCGUUGCAUCAAAAAUGCUAUUGGAGGAGCCUCUUACUCUUCAAGCAACCUUAAAAAUGCUCUGUCUUUGCCUGCUAAGUGUGGUGUUAAUCUCCCUUUCAGUAUCAGCCCUUCCACCAACUGCAACAGUAUCCACUGAAAUAAGCAGAAGAUCCUAAAGGAAGCUACUACUACUACUACGAGAAGUUAGGACAUGGCUUGGUAGUAGUAACUACGUUGUUCAGUGAUGUAUCUUCACCUUUAUGUUCCUCAAGGUUCUAAUAAAAAUUAUCAAAAUGGAUUAUAGUUUCGACCAAA